AUGAGCCACCUCAGCAACUAUUACGGAGGCCUGGGCUAUGGCUUUGGAGGCUUCAGUGGCCUGGGCUCUGGCUAUGGCUGCGGAUGUGGCAGCUUCCCCAGACUGGACUAUGGAGGCUUCGGAUUUGGCUCUGGCUUCGGAAGCCUUGGAUAUGGCUGCUCCCGCCCAUCAGGCUGUGGAGGAUAUGGAUUCUCUAGCUUCUACUGA